GUUGUUGACGUCCUAGUCGUCUCGGCGCAGUCGUCCUACGAUCGCAGUUGUUAAGUGUCUGUGUAUGUAUAUUCUUAAUAAAAAUUAUCUAAGCAAUUACGUAGUACAUUGUUAAAAAAUCAAAACGAUAUAAUGUGUGACUCGAAUUGCUUCAAGAUUAUGUGAAGAAGAACACAAAAAUGGAUGGGUUUUUACGAGUAGAUAACGCUAAUCUCCCAUCAUCACCAACAAAUUCUUUUUUAGCUGAUGAAGUUGCUUCGAUAUGUCCACUGAUAACCCCCUCACCGCCAACAAAUGAUCUAAUUCAUCCUCUACCGGAGCUGGAAUCGAACUUUUCCAUCGGACUUGAAUUGGCAAAUAAAUUACAUAAAGUUAAAGGAGUUGGCGCUUCAGACGAAGAUAAAGUGGAGUCGGCAUCUUCCAGUUCUUCAGCUUUGGCAGAAUCGCAGCUACUUAAUCACAGAAAUAUUUAUCAUGUUCAUGAUGACAAAGAUGAAGAAAAAGAGGAACGGGAAGAUCUAGGGAAAAGUCAGACAUUACAAUUGACUUUUCGAAAUCCACCAGAUAAUUACUUUUUCAUGUCAUGGAACUGGCCUCUAAUUAGAAAAAUAUCAACGUGGAUAUUACUUUCAGGUCUUGUAGCUAUGGUGGCAUUGGUAAUAGCUAUGAUAUCAACAUUACCAAAGACUUGUAAUCCUCCCACAUUUUGGUAUCAGGGAAAUUUGUUAUAUGAAAUAUUUCCUGCUAGCUUCUAUGGUGGUAAGAAAAAUAUGGAAGGUGAUUUCAAGGGCAUAGCCCUAAAAGCCGAUUAUUUAACAUAUCUUGGUGUCAGAGGUGUAAGGCUCAAUUCUAUAUUCAAUAAUCCUAACUAUCCCGAUGAUUUUGACAAUGUUACAAGUCUUAUCGAUAUAGCACCUGUUCUUGGAAAUCUUAGCGAAUUUAAUAUUAUGGUGAAGCUACUGAAAGCAAAAAAUAUUUCCGUUAUUCUUGAUUUACCACUCUAUCCUUAUAUAAAAAGAUUAAUUCAUAAGCCACCAAAAUCAAGAAAAAAUGAAACCUUCUCUGGAUCAACAAUAGAGUUUUUAAGAAAAGAGAGGAGUGAAGAUUUAGAUGUAAUUGAAGAUGCUAUUUUGCACUGGAUAGCUAACGGCGUUGAGGGAUUUUAUUUAAAAGGACUCGAAAAAUUACAGGAUGAUCCAAAUUUGGUUGAAUCAAUUCAACGCUGGAAACAAAUUCUUGGAGAAGACAGGGUCCUAAUAGUUAAUAACAAUUUUAUAUCGUCUAUGAAAGCACCUCAAUUGAAUUUCAUUCUAAACAACGUGGAUUUGGUGGAUAUUAAAUUAGAUUUAUCAGAUGGCGCAAACUCAGUUAACAAGCAGAUCAGGUCCAUACAAAACGGUACAUUAUUUUCUAAAGCCAGUAUGCCUUGGAUACAAUGGUCUCUUGCAGAUGUAUAUUCGUCUCGUAUAUCGAAUUCACUUCCAUACGGCAAUGGUACUUUGGGAGCCACUCUUUUGCAAUUGAUGUUACCUGGUACGCCAUCUAUCUUUUACGGAGACGAAAUAGGAUUGCAAGAUAUUUCAGAUCCAAAAGGAGAAAGACAAGAUAUCAAGCACCUUCAUCAAUUGACAAUGAUGCCUUGGCAAAAUGAAAAGCUUACAGUUAUUCCUUGGAUUCAUGGUGAUGAUCAAGUAAUUGGGAGGUAUGACCAAACAAAACUUAUCAAUAAAACAAUGAAUGUUCGAAUGAAAUCUCCCUCAAUAUACAUGAAUUCAAUAAAGAAAGAAGAUGCAAAUAAGGCAAAUAUCGAAAUUAAGUAUUCAAAAGAUAAUUUAUUAGUUCUACAGAGAUGGUAUCCCAGAAGAAAAGCUUACGUCUUAGUGUCAAAUUUGGGGGAUAAAAAAUUAUCAACUGAUCUUUCUACUCUAUUAUAUAGUGGUGAAAUUGUUGUUGGACCUCGUACUGAUUCUAAGCUAGGCUCUAUUGUAUUCACAAAUGUAUCAUUGUGGCCUGGAGAAUCGGUAAUAGCUGAACUUUAUUGACUAUUUAUUUGCAUUUUUGAUAUAUUUAAUAAAGCUGUAUAAAUAUUUUUCA